GUUCGAUCAGUACGGCGCCAUUAUUCAAGAAUGUAAACACGAUGAGAAUAGGAUGGCUUCAUUUGGACAGAUUGAAUAUUCACCAGAAGAACAAGAUGCCAUACAAAAUGCCCUGAGGCAGAAGCUUGGCCCUGAGUUCAUCAGUCAGCGUGCCGGAGCUGGAGGUCAAAGGCUUGCUUACAUUGAGGGAUGGCGUCUCAUCAACCUGGCCAAUGAAAUGUUUGGCUUCAAUGGCUGGUCUCACUCUGUGACCCAGCAAACUGUCGAUUUUGUAGACCACUGCGGAGGCAGGUACUUUGUUGGAGUCAGUGCUUUUGUCAAAGUUCAGCUCAAGGAUGGUGUGUUUCAUGAAGACAUUGGGUAUGGCGUUAGUGAAGGAAUGAAAUCAAAAGCUCUGUCCAUUGAGAAAGCUAGGAAAGAAGCUGUUACUGAUGGGCUCAAGCGGGCACUCAAGAGCUUUGGGAAUUCCAUGGGGAACUGCUUGGCAGACAAAGACUAUCUAAAGUGUAUCAACAGAGCCCCAAAACCUACAGCAAGAGUCUAUGACUUGGAGGGAAUGAGGAAGACUGACCAAGAUGAAGGCAUCGAACAUGCAAGAAAAAAUUCCAAUCUCAGAAGACUGUCCAAUCAGAGAAUGGCUUCUUCUGAACAGACCAAUCAAAAUCUAGGAAGAAAUUUAAAUUCAGUGUCAACAACCAAUCAGACAUCAGAUACAGAUUCCAGAGACACAGGGAUAGGAUCUAGAGACAAUAUAACAGUGACCACCAGUAACUCUUCAAAUGAAAACAUUUCUAAACAUAGUAACUCCCGAGAAGGAAAUAAGGUGUCCAUGGUAACGGAAAGUGUUCGUGUGACGGGAAGGACCAGCCUGGCAAGUAAAGAGAAUAUAAACCCACGGGAUGCAGAAGUGAUAGUAAAAACAGAGUGGGUGUCAGCUGAAGUAGCUCUAGGGGGGGAGGAAGACCAGCCCCCUCAAGAGUUUGUCAGGAGGGGUUCCCUUCCUCUGAACCAUGGGGUGGGGACAGGAAUGAACCUACGACACAAACGGACUCAGUCUGUGCAGAGAGUUGAACCUGAAUCAAUCAGUGCACCUCCCUCAAGUUCUAGAGAGGAUGAAGAUGAUUUAAAGGCUAAGCAGGAGAGACUGCAGAGGCAGAGACAGAAACAGAUGGAAUUCAAGCAGAAGUUAACAGUCAAACAGACGGACAAUACCACCAUCAACACCAUAGGUAAACUCAAGGUCAAACAGACAGACAAUACCACAAUCAACACCAUAGGUAAACUCACAGUCAAACAGACAGACAAUACCACCAUCAACACCAUAGGUAAACUCACAGUCAAACAGACAGACAAUACCACCAUCAACACCAUAGGUAAACUCACAGUCAAACAGAUGGACAAUACCACCAUCAACACCAUAGGUAAACUCACAGUCAAACAGACAGACAAUACCACCAUCAACACCUUAGGUAAACUCACAGUCAAACAGACGGACAAUACCACCAUCAACACCAUAGGUAAACUCACAGUCAAACAGACGGACAAUACCACCAUCAACACCAUAGGUAAACUCACAGUCAAACAGACAGACAAUACCACCAUCAACACCAUAGGUAAACUCACAGUCAAACAGACAGACAAUACCACCAUCAACACCAUAGGACCCCCAAUGGCUACCUCUACCCCAGCUUUUAAUGGCCUUGGCCCACCAAUCCAUGCCUCCAGUCCCAAGGUUGGGCCAAGGGCGCGACCUCAGAGCAGCUCUGAACCUUCCCCAAACCAACCAGAGCUCCUGCCUGAGGAAAAUUAUGAGGACACAGAGAUUUGGAACAACUCAUUAGACAUAGAGAGUAUAGACCCAUCAGGGGAACAUUUAGUGGAUGGUCCGGGCAAGAAGCAGCAUAAUGGAAGUAAGAGUCUGUAUAACUCCGAGUCAAGGGGGAGAACUCCCACCAAAUCCACCACCGUACAACACCGCCCCAACACAAUGACCAAUCACUACCCAGUCACCAAGGCAGCCAGUCGCCAGGCCACAAAUCACACAGAUGAUAUCAGCAAUGUACAGAAGAGAAGGCGAGUGGAUGUCUAAUAUCUGCUAGAUAUCUGUAUAGUCAAUUAACUGUAUAAACCAGACAAGAUGUCUAUCAUGAUAUCUAUCAUGCUGCUACAGAUCUUGUGAUAUCAGCUAUAGACCGAUAUCUGUCUGGUUUUUGUGAUAUCUAGCAGCCACAAACGGAUACAUGUGUAUCUCUGCAGUAGUUUUGAUCCAUUUCAUACCAUAGAUGAUUUAGCCUAUCAUUACCUACCAUUAUCAUGCAGCCAGUCUUGCAUGUUUUCUACUGAUGUUACAUUUGCAUUUGACUUGUACAAACUAAACCCGCUGUAUGCAAUUUUUGUCAUUUCAUGGAUUGAAACUUAACACCAGCACAAUUUUAUUCUAACUAGUGAAGAGAACUCCAUUUGUAACAUGCAACCAUUAAGUUGUAUAUUGCUGCAUCAACCUUUUACUGUAAAAUUGAAGUAUCAUAUACCCAGGUAUUGAUUUAGUAAUAAGAAGAAAUUGAAUAUGGAUUUGUGUUUUAAUAUAUAUAUAAAUUGCAUUAAUCACAUAUGUUAUAAAAUUGUGCAAUUGUCAACUGCAAAAUGAGGGUGGGUGGGGAUGUGUGUAAUUUUGUAAUCAAAUGUGAUGAUUGUAACAUUAUUUCUGGUUUAUUAAAAAACAUGAAUUGAGUACUAGAAUUAUCAUUGAUAUACAUUAUCUAUAUUAUUAUGAUUAUUUGGCACUGUAGUAUUUUUUAUUCUAACUUAUUUUGUGUGUAUAUUUUGUAGAAUUAUUGAUGGAUAAAAAUGGUCUAGUUAAUGAUUAAUAUGUGUAAAGAUAAUCAAUGAACUUAAUGAUGUCUCUUUUUCAUUUAAUGUGCUCAUAUGUAAUCCCAUUAGAAAUAUGGAAAGAAGUGCCUUAGUGUUGUAUGAAUACUUGCCUAUUAUUUUCUGAUGAAAAUUUGAUCAUUUGAUAUUUGUCACCAAUUCUUGAUAAUAUGCAUUUGAUAUUAAUUAAGUAUACAUGUUUAACAUAAAUCAUUGAUGUACCUUGAACUAGAUCUUUUGUGUCUCAGGGAUUGACAUCUAUCAGUGGUUGCUUCACAGCCCCACUUUGUAAAUAACAUGAAUAAAGCGUACAUGCAAUUACAAA